AUAAACGUACAUUAUCAGGAAAUAUAAUCAUCAUUCGCGGACGGAGGGAGUUCAGUGCGAUAAGUCAACUGUUUCAAUCUUCAUCAUGAGAUUUUCAUCUAUUGUACUGCUAUUCUUCGGCUUGAUCAUCACAACCCACGCCAAAAGCAUCCUCAAUAUUCCAAUCGGCGGAGCAGAUGAAUCCCAAGAUGAAUCCUCACCGAUGGAAGAUAUUCAGUUCUUCUUAGGUCAACUUCAACCUAUCUGUUACAACAGGACCGGUUCAAAUGAUACGUACAAAGCCAUAGCUUCCCAUUUUUAUGCACUGCCAAUCUGUGUGCUGAUGAAUUUGGAUCUCAAGGAUUUUGUGGAAGAUGCAGAGCGCUUGAACUCCGUCACUCGACAUUAUUUCUUUCCCAAGUACUGUCCCAAGCUUCGCAGUACCUUACAAUGCGUUGAACCGCUGUUGAGAGAAAUGCGCAAAUGUGGCGACGAGGAUGACGUUUUUGUAUUGAGAGCUGUAAGUCACGCCUUGCCAGAGAUAAUCGAUUUGAUAUGUGACAAGAAUGGAGACAUUCUGUUUGUGGAAAAUACGGACUACAACACGUGCCUAAAUGGUAUAACCGAUUAUUUCACCCAAUGCAAUGCAACAUUUUCGAAUGCAACCUAUGCGAUGGAUUCCUCCAAUUACGGUCCGGAACAGUGCGAAGAGCUAGUGAACUUUCGGAAGUGUUUGGAGAAUAAAAUGAACCUUUGCAAUGGACCCCGACUGAUGGAUGUGUUCGAUGUGCUCUAUCGGGCAAUGGUCAGUGCUAGCCCGUGCAGUAAUUUCAUUAUUCUACCUGGUCAGAAGGAGGACAAUGCUGGUGAAGAUGAUGGAUCUCCAAUUCGUCAUUUCUGAUAUGUUUGUUGAGUGGCUACAACAUUAACUUUCUUUUGACUCUCAUGACAUACAAAUCUUUUCACUCAUA